CUCUCUUAAUCUAUUAUGAGGAAUGAAUCCUUUCUUGGCUCAACUACUACUCCAUGUGCUUCGUGAUGCACCCAACACAUGCCGUAUCUACCCCGAUUGGAGUGCAAGCGUUGGUCAUGGUCAAAGUACAUCACUCCGCACAUGUAGUACGUAUUGACCUCAAGUCGGAGGAUUAUUACACUACUCUAUACGCCGAUAAUACCAUAGACACAUGAAUAGAACUUAUCAAAUGGUUUCUCGGUGGGUAUGCCAAUAUUCUCUAAAAUAUCUAUGUGACCCUCAUGAAUUACAGGAACUCAUAGUUGUGAGAUCAACUAUACUUUCUAAAAGUAUGAUGCAGUCCACAUACCAAUCUUAUCGCAUAUCAUCAAUAUCCCAUUCUUGAUGAUCAUUGAUUGGGGCUAUUUUAGGACCUUAUGUGAUAUCAUAUAAGCUCCCACUUACUUAUUGAUAACAUAAGUCCAAGGGAACACAAUUAUGAAUAAGAUAUUGACAAUCAAAAUACUUAAUCAUCAAUGUGUAAUACCGCAUAUAUCGAAUAUAUAAAACUGAAUGUGAUCAAGUACAUAUAUCUCUAAAAAGUGAUUGUCGCUAGGACAUAUAUACUAACACCACCCAUUGGGGAUUUUGUUGAUUUUUCCAAUAGGAAAGUACCAUCUAUUAUUGAAAUCUGGGGAUAUUGCUUAGUUGGGAGCUUCGCGGGCAGAUUCCCCGGCAGAAACGCUGUACUUGACCUCAUUAGAAAAUGGGGUGUUGAAUGUAAAAUAAAGUCGCAUGACAAAGGAUGGACUAUCUUCCAAUUUAAGAAUGAGGAAGACCGCACAAAAGUGAUUUCCGAGGGACCUUACUCAUCAUAUGGUAAGGCUCUUUUCCUCAAGGUCCUAUCUGAUGAUUUUGAUGUUGAUGGGGAGGAGUUCCUUAAGGUUCCUAUCUGGAUAAAACUCUCCGGGCUUUCGGUUACUCUAUGGAAUAAACCGGAGAUAAGUGAGCUUGCCUCACGGGUUGGGCUGCCUAUAAUUGUGGAUCAAGUCACUCUAAACAAGGCAAGAGCUAACUUUGCCCGUGUUCUUGUGGAGGUGGAUCUUACUAAGCCUCCGGUCCUUGAAAUCCCCAUGAUCCAACCAUCCGGGAGGAAAAUAAAGCAAUAUGUUAUAUACGAGACUUAUCCUACGUAUUGCUACGAAUGCAAGAAGUAUGGCCAUAAUCCCUUUAUGUGUAAUGUGCUUCAUCCGGAGCUAAAAGAGGAGGUGAAAAAAGAUGUACUUGUUAACAAAAAAAUCGUGAAGCCAAAUGGUAAGGAUGAUGCCGGGGCUAGUGCUAUUGUCCAUGGGGAUAUGGAAGAGGCUCCUUUUCAACUUGUUAAACCAAGGAAGAACAAGGCCAUAGCUACCACUUCUAAUGCUUCAAAGACACCGGCUGCUCCUAAGCCAAUUGUACCCGUGACUCAAAAGAAGAAUCCGGUCAAGGAUUUCGAAUGGAGAGGAAGAAGAAUAACAAAUGUGCACCUUAUGCAAACCGAUGAUAUUGUGACUGAUUUUGUGGCCGAAGAGGAUGGAACGAAGAUGGCCUUUGUUAAAAAACACCAUCAAAUUAAGAGUAGCGUACCGGUGGAAAGGCUUGACUUGGACACGCUUAAGGAGGCGCAAAUGGAUGCACCGGCUAUCAUGUUCACGGACCCUUGCUUGGUGGCUCUCCCGGGAGUAAAGCGCACCAAAAAAUGGUAUCAUUUUAAUAAAGAAGUUUUUAUUCCUAAUGUUGCUACUUUUUUUGAUCUUAAAGCUAGCCACAAUGUCGAGUUUGCUCAAGAAAGGAACAAAGCACAAGCUGCCGAGGAUAAGUUGCGUAAGGAAAAGGAAGCCAUGUCUAGGGCUGCGGCUAGUGCGGCUGAACCAAGGAACUACCGCAAGAAACCUUAUGAACAUUGGGGGGAACGCCAAGUGCAAAGUGAAUACGAAUUGGAUGAGGAAGAUGUUGUAACAAGCAUGGAAUUCGACAAGCACGGACAAAGGACCAUCUUCGCAGCAAAAAGGGAACUUCUCCCUUUUAGUCAACAAGUGCAACGUGUGGGACCCGACUUCAAAAGGACGGACUCGGACUGCCUAGGGAUGUUCUUCACACAAGAAUGCCUACGCACACUCCCGGGAGUCAAACGGGAAGCACCAUGGUAUAAAUUUGACGCCUCGAUUUUUAUUCCUAAAGUGGUUGCUUUUUUUUAUGAUAACAGUGUAGAAAACAUGGAGCUACGCAAGAGGAUGAAGGCUAGGCAACAAAAAAAGAAGGAAGUGGUGGACGAAUCAGAGGAUGACCACACCUCUAGCUCUGAUGAUCCUGAUGAUUAAAGCCGUCAUAUGGAAUGUGAGAGGUUGAGGCUAGAGUCCUACUACCUGCACCUUUGCCUAGGGUGAUUGAUCAAGAAGGAAGACGUGGUUCGUGCUUCCAUUCUUAUUUCAAAUUUAUAAACUGCUCAUGAAUUUUCGAACAAUGUUUUCUUUAAAACAGUUGGGGGCCUGCG